AUGGCUCAAGGCUCAUCUCAGUCCCAAGCGACGUCGUCUUCCACGACCUCACACCUCAGCGUCAUGGCUCCUGGUGGUUCAGUUGUUGCCACAACUGGAAUGCGCAGCCGUCGUAUCGAUGAAGGGGGCAACUCCAGCUCCGGAGGCAUGGGCGGCAGCGACGGUGGCUUUGGUGCAAAAAACAACAUACUCAGGUUCUACACCGACGACGCUCCUGGCUUGAAGAUCUCCCCCACCGUCAUGCUCUUCAUGAGCCUCUACUUCAUCGGCUUUGUCACUACCCUCCACGUAUUCAGCAAGCUCUACCUCCACCGAUCCACCGGCGGAGCUUAA